AUGAAGGAGGAAAAAAGGAAACCUAAUGAACUCAAGAGCUCAAGUAAAGACACCACAAAGAUUCAAAGGGUUCCCGAGAAAGAUUCCAAUGAGUCCAAGGGCAUUAGUAAGAACAAAAACGAUAACAGCACCAUGGAACUAGGGGAAAGAAGCAUAUUUUAUGACGUUGAAUGGAAUCCUCAGGGUGUUGCACCUUUUGGUCUGCGAAAUAUUCCAUAUAACCCCCGAACAUUUAAGGUGAAGGAACCGGUUGAAGCUAUACUCUGUGAUUUAAAAGAUAUCCCUGUUCCUUCUUCAUCAGAGCGAAAAUAA